AUGCGUGUUCUCCCCUCUCUCCUCCUCCUCUCGACGCUCUGUCCGGCCAUUUCCGCCGUCCCCGCAGGCUCCAGCAUCACGCCGCCGCUGCGCCAGCCGGUCCACCAUCUCACCCAUUCGUCCGAUCCACGACGCCCCUGGACUCGACUGCGCGACUGGGUCAUUGAAUCAGUAUGGGGCCUUCCCCGAUCAGGUUCCAAGCACGUAGGCAUUCCCUCCAAUGUGCGCGAUCGCUAUGGCAGCGAUAUCGUUCUCCGCUUCCAUUUGCGUCAUCCCGACGACGCUGAGGUGCUAGCCUCGGCGUCAAGGGUCCUGGUGUUGGACAUCUGGGCCAUUACAGCGCAGUAUGUAGAUAUCCGGCUGGCGGAUGAUAUGGUACAUUCCUCCCCUCCUCGAUCUGCUCCCCCUUCCCUUCGCUCCUCCUACACCCCGCUCAUGGACGACCUGGUCGAUAUGAUCUACAACACCUAUCCGAGACACCUUCAGCCCUCAUCUGAGACGGAACCCGACUUCAGAUCGGGUUCCAGGCGGACCGAUGCACCAGUCGGCGACGUCUUUUUCCUUGACUACCAGCCACUAUCCAUUAUUGUGCAGUGGAUGCGCUUGAUGGCCUCACUGUUCUCCUCGCAUGCCCACUUCACCAGCAUCGGAGUUUCGUACGAAGGGCGGGACAUUCCCGCUUUGCGGAUCGGGGUCGCACCUUCUCCGUCUGAGAAAUCCGACCCGCGCAAGACCAUUGUGAUUGUCGGCGGCACACACGCACGGGAAUGGAUCAGUACCUCCACGGUCACGUAUAUCGCAUACAGCCUCAUUACCCAGUACGGGCAGUCGAACACGGUCACUCGCCUCCUGCGUGAGUAUGACUGGGUGUUGAUUCCCACCCUGAACCCGGAUGGUUAUGUCUACUCUUGGGAGUCAGAUCGCUUGUGGCGCAAGAAUCGACAGCCGACAAGUUUGCCACUUUGCCGAGGAGUCGAUCUCGACCGUGCCUGGGACUUUGAAUGGGACGAGUCCACCCGGUCGAACCCCUGCUCGGAGAAUUACGCUGGCGCAGAGCCCUUCGAGGCUCUGGAGUCCCGCCGGCUUGCCCACUGGGCGCAAAAUGAGACGGACAGUGGUCGCGCCGAAAUUGUGGGCUUUUUGGACCUCCACUCGUACUCGCAGCAGAUCCUGUAUCCCUACUCCUACAGCUGCUCCUCCAUUCCCCCAACGUUGGAAAGUCUCGAAGAAUUGGCACUUGGAUUAGCCAAGGCCAUUCGUCAGGUGACCCACGAGUCCUACGAUGUGACCUCCGCAUGUGAGGGUAUUUUGCCAAAUGGUGAGGCCGCCAGCAUCAGUUCCGGUGGCAGUGCGCUCGACUGGUUCUAUCACCAGCUGCAUGCGACGUACUCGUAUCAGAUCAAAUUGCGAGACCGUGGCAGCUACGGCUUCCUCCUUCCAUCAGAGCACAUCGUGCCCACCGGCACGGAGAUCUUCCAUGCCGUGCUGACAUUCGGCAAAUUCAUUCAGGGGGAGACACAGAGCCUGGAGGAAAAUGAAAAUGACAGCCCAAGCCUCAAGGGCCCCUUCAAUUUCGAACAAAAACCACUGGCUAAGUAG